UAGAAUGAAGGUCCUAUUGGUUUUCUGCCUGAUGGCAACAGCCUUAGCUUCAAUCAAAGUUCCAAAACUGAAAAAAUCCCCAUCAAUAAACAAGCCCCUAUUACAAGACGUCGGAGAACCUUUAAUUCUAACCCCCUAUUUAGAAGCAAAUAAAACUCAAGAGGCACGUGAAGCUGCCCAAGUAAAUUUAGAAGCUUUCAAAAAUAUUUCCAUCAGUUAUUCUGGCUACUUCAAUGUCGACAAGGAGAAUAACAGCAAUUUAUUUUUCUGGUUCUUCCCUUCCCAAAAUAAUUACGAAGAGGAUCCCGUCGUACUUUGGUUGCAAGGUGGUCCUGGAGAUGCCAGUAUGCUGGGGCUUUUCCUGGAGCAUGGUCCCUUUAUUGUAGAAAAUGGAAAAGUGACUCCACGUGAGUUUUCCUGGCACAAAAACCAUUCAGUAUUGUACAUAGACAAUCCUGUUGGAACUGGAUUCAGUUUUACUGAUGGUGAUUCUCUCACCAACCAAACACAAGUGGGAGACCAUCUCUAUAAAUUCCUAACUCAAUUCUUUACAAUGUUUCCAGAAAUUCAAAAAAAUGAGUUUUAUGUAGCGGGAGAAUCCUAUGCGGGUAAAUACGUCCCUGCGAUUGCUCACACCAUACAUGAAAAUAAUCCAACAGCAAGCUUAAAAAUUAAUUUGAAAGGUCUAUUAAUUGGUAAUGGCCUCAGUGAUCCAAAGCAUCAACUCAACUAUGGACCUUUACUUUAUCAGCUAGGUCUGAUUGAUAGCAAAACAGCUGAUCUUUACAAGAACUAUUAUAGUUUAGCUGUUCAAAGUAUAGAUUUUGGAUAUUAUGAGCUUGCAAGUUUUUGCUAUUACCAACUUGUUGGAGAACUAAUAGAAAAAUACACUGCAUUGCCUGAUGUUUACAAUUUUAUCUCCGAUGCAGACGACGUGCCCUCAGAGUGGCAAGAUUACAUUCAGACCGCCCAAGUGAGACAAGCCAUCCAUGUAGGAAAUCAAACGUUCGCAAGUGACAGCGAUGACGUUUAUUUCGGCCUCUACGACGAUAUCCCGAAAAGUGUAGCUCCUUGGGUUAGGGAACUCUUAAGCCACUACAGAGUUCUUAUAUUCAACGGCCAACUGGACGUUAGUGUCCCUUAUUCAACAACAGUAAACUAUCUUCAGAAUUUGAAUUUUAGUUCAAGUGCUGAAUACGCAACGGCUGAAAGGAAAAUUUGGCCAGUAGGCGGUCGAAUUGCUGGAUAUGUGAAAACUGCUGGAAAUUUGACGGAGGUUUUGGUUAGAAACGCUAGCGAUAUGGUAGCUGCAGAUCAACCAGAAGCUGCGUACGAUUUGGUUUAUAAAUUUAUUAGAGGAAAAGCUAUAGUGUGAAAUAGAAUUGAAU